AGUUAUUUAUUGAUGAUGCAAAUUUGAAUAUCCAAUUUUGCCCCUUCGUCGUCUCGUUGAAUUACAAACCUAACCCUCAAUUUUUGCUUUCUUCAUCCUCACUCGACAAGUCUACUUCAACGUCACGACCAGCGGCCUUCUUCUCGCCGGCAAGGCAGCAGGUACUUUUUUAACCUUCUUCGCUCCUUUCAGUCAGAGAUUCACACACACAGAGCACAUAAUCACACCAGCAAAUUGAUCGAGUUAAUGUUCGUUUCGUCAAAUUAGGGAUUUUGAGAAACGACGACGAUUUGUUUGCUGUUGAUACCGCAAUGUCAAGGGUUACUACACUGUUGCAAAAGGGAAAGAGAGCUUUGCAAGAACUGGAACUGCUUAAAGUCUUGCAAUCAGAGAUAAGACACGAGCUUGCUAAUGAUCCUUAUAAGAAUGAAACUGGUUCCUCAGGCGAUUUUGUGAUGGAUUGGGAUUCACAACAUUCCAAAGAUGUAACUAUGCGCAAGAAGUGUGAAUCUGGUGAGGAGCUUGCUAUUUCUGCAAUACUUGGUGAGGAAACCUUUCUAGGAGAUGACUGUUAUCCCAAGGAAGUGGAUAUGAAGGUGUGCAUCAAAAAGACAGGAUUGACCUCAAUACUGCAGUUUGAUUGUAAAGUUUUGGACCAAGGUCAAGAUAGAAUUGACUUUCAUAUUCAAAAUGCAUAUUAUUUGAAGUUGCCUACUGAUUUCAGUUCCUCAGUCUACAGAGGCCCCCUGUUCAGGAACUUAGACCUUGGUUUGCAACAAGAGCUGAAGCAGUACCUAAUAUCAAGAGGAAUAGGGAAAAGCCUCACCAACUUCCUCCUUCUCCACUUACACAAAAAGGAGCAAAAUCAGUACAUAAAAUGGUUGCAAAAAUUGGAAGCCAUGGUGGCAUAAAAUGGUAGCUUCUUUUAAGUUUUAUGUAGAAGUGUUUGACAAAAGUAAUGUUAGCUUUUGAAAGCUAUAAAAUUUCAUAAAGACAUGAAAACUAAAAGUUAAAACUCUGAAAAAAACUAUUGAAGUAGCUUUUGGAUUA